AUGGCAGAGGAGCAGAGAGGCGUUCCGCUAACAGAGCUCAGCGUGCAGCAGCUCAGCGAGCUCCAGAAGAAUUGCGAGCACGAGUUGAACUUUUUCCAGGAAUCUUCAGGUGCUCUCAAGGUGAAUCAGCGUGUAAAUUGUGAAAAAAGCAUGAAUAAUCGAUAGUUCAGCUAGAAAUCCAAGAAAAAAUCGAGAAAAAUUGAAAUGUUUCGAUUUUUUGGAAAAAAAUAGGGAAAACCUCAAUUUUGACCUAUAUUCUUUGAAUUUAAAAAAAAAACGUUGCAGGGUCUUUUGACACGCAACGAGAAGAGCAUCGCCGCUCUGGAUGAGGUCCGAGUGGCCACCGCCGGCCAUACCGCCCUAAUUCCGCUCUCCGAAUCGGUAAUUUCCCGAAUUCUCGUGAAAAUAAUCCGAAAAUCGUUGCAGUUGUACAUCCGCGCCGAGCUUUCGGAUCCGUCGAAGCAUCUGGUCGAAAUCGGAACCGGAUACUUUGUGGAAUUGGACCGCGAGAAGGCCAAGGCCAUUUUCACCCGCAAGAAGGACCAUAUCUGCAAGCAGGUCCGUCCGGAUAUUGAUUUUCUCGAAGAAAAAGGGCUUACGGAACUUUCUAGAGGGAAUACAGAAUUUUUAACGAUUUUUCUUCAGAUGGAGACGAUCGAGAACAUUCUGAAAGAGAAACGACGAACCCGCGCCUACAUUUCGGAAGCGUUCCAGACAAAAGUGCAAGCCCAACUGGCCAACAUGAACACCCAAUAA